AUGCCUCGUCGUCGAGCGUCGAAGUUCGAUCGCAUCUGCACGCUCUCGAAAUGGAUCGUUUUUCUCGCGUGUCUCCUCUCGUUGACCUCGUCAUACGACGAAGUGACCGCUCUCGACAACGAGACGUUCAAAAGUGCGUUCGGCUUGAAUUCGGCCGAGUCCAUCGAGAACUACAACGCGGAGGGCGAGGAGUCGCUCCACGGAGAGGCGAAAGUGCCUUUGGAGCUCGAUGAGUUCGUGGCGGAGAAGACGGAUUCCAUCCCCGUCGAGGAGGCCGGUGAAGAAAAUCUGGCCCGAGUCCGGGCGACAAGCAAAGUCGUUUUCGCGCCGGAGGACAGCGAGGAGCUGGACGGCACGUCCGCGGACGUUCAGACCAUCCCCGGUGGUGAGAUGACGAAGGAGAAGAUCGCGAAAUACGUGAAAUACGAUUCGGACUCACCCGAGGCUUACAGAUACGCGCCUCGUCUGGAUGACAGUCCGGCCGACUAUGGGAUAACAGAAACCCGAUUGAAAGAUAUUCGAAAGAAAUUCAUGUAUUGGUACUUUGAUAAAGGCGGCGAUGAUGAUAACGGAGAUUACCAAACGGCUCUACAGGCGACGACACUGCAGAUCCACAAGAAUCUGAACUUUCAGCUGCCCUUUUACGGAUUUAGGUUUAAUUACACAAGAUUAACCGUGAACGGCUACCUGGAGUUCAGCGACCCGCCGGAACACUUCACGCACCCCCUCGUUUUCCCGGUGAAGGAUUGGCCGAUGAAGAACGAUCCGAGCUUCAUCGGCAUCUUCUUCAGCAAGUGUCGCAUAGGCAUGAGGAGGGAGACGGACAUCGACAAGAGGAAACCGGGGGUUUACUUCAGGCUCGAGAGGGAUCUGCAAGGCAGGACGGAUCAGUUCGGCGUGGAGAUGCGGGAGCGUCUCAUGUGGGACAUUCGCGAGGGCGUCGUCGGUUCCGACUCCUUCGUACCGAAGCACGCGAUCAUCGUCACUUGGAAGAACAUGUCCUUCACCGGCGGCAUCGACACGGCGCUCUACAGGACCAACACCUUCCAACUGGUGCUGGCCACCGACGAGGUUUAUACCUACGCGAUGUUCAACUACCUCAAUCUGCAAUGGUCGAGUCACACGGAGGCGGGAGGCGACACCACUCAAGGCGAGAACGGAGUGCCCGCAUAUGUUGGUUUCAACGCCGGGAACGGUACUCAGAGCUACGAGUACAAGCCUUACUCGCAAAUGACGACGGUGCGGGACUUGACGCACCGAGGCUGGGCGAACGGGUUCCCGGGUCGGCACAUCUUCAGGAUAGAUGAGAACAUAAUGCUCGGCAACUGCAACAAGGACAUCUCCGGAGCACACAUACUGCUGGUAUUCGCCCCGGAGAGCGGGAAUAUGCUGGGGGGCACCAUCGUCAACAUCACCGGGCCGUGCUUCAACGAGACCCAGAAGAUACUGUGCAAUUUCCAAGGUACCAACGUGGUGGGCACGGUGGUGGACAGGAAUCGCGCGAUUUGCGUGCAGCCGCGCCUGCAGUACGAGGGCUACAUCGAUCUGAUAGUCAGCAUCGCUAACAUCAACGAUAAUAACAGGUGGAAAGGAAGAUACUUCGUCGAAACUCCAGCCACGGCGGCGAUGAAGAUCAUCUUCGACAACGAUGCCAUUCACGAGAAGGAUCCGGCGGAAAUUAAAAUCACGUGGGACGCGUACAAUUUGACCAGCAAUUUCGGGGCGGGCGUUCAGAUCUCGCUUUGGGGAUACCGGGAGACGAAAACGACGCCCGAAUUCGAGUACAUCACAGUACUGGAGAAAUCGCACACCAAUACCGGCAGCUACGUCAUCAAGCCGGCGAGAUAUCGGGAGCAGUACAAUCCUUAUCAUCAGGACAUGGUCUUCGGCUUCUUGCAGAUCAAUCUGACCGAGCCGCAUUUGUACUCGGGACUCUCGAUAUCGCCGAGCUUGUGGAGCAGACCGAUUCCGCUGGGCUGGUACUUCGGCCCGCAGUGGGAACGAACGCACGGCCCCAAGUGGCCGCAGAAACUCUGCGACAAUUGGAUCAUGAACGACAGAUACCUGAAGAAUUUCGCCGCCGAGAUAGCGAUAUGUCCCUGCACUCUCGAGCAGGCUGUGAACGACAAAGGCCGCUUCCUCCCAGACCUCGACUGCGAUAAGGACACGAAUAAAGUCUGCUUCUACAACGAGAAGGCGCAACACUGCGUGAAGACCGGCGCGCCCAACAUGGACGGCUCGGAGCAGCAAUGUUGCUACGAUCACGACGGCUUUUUGAUGCUGACCUACGACCGAGUAGAGGGUUCGAGGCCGCAUCGCUCCCACAAUCUGGGCUACACGCCGUGGAACGAGGCGAACAAGAUACCGACUCUUUCGCACUGGUACCACGACGUCUCGCCUUGGUACACGUGUUGCAACUGGCAGGAGGAGCACUCGGUCGGUUGCGAGACCUUCCGAUUCGAGAGGAGGCCGUCGCAGGACUGCAUCGCUUAUCAGGCACCCGGGGUGGCGACCGUGUUCGGCGACCCCCACUUCGUCACGUUCGACGGCCUCGAGUACACGUUCAACGGCAAAGGCGAAUUCGUGCUGCUGAAAGUGAAUCACAUACGCGACAAGCUCGACGUGCAGGGCAGAUUCGAGCAGCUACCCAACAACGCCUACGGACAGGUGAUGGCGACGCACCUCACCGCGGUCGCGGUGAGAGGCAAUAACACGGCGACUAUCGAGGUCCGCUUGAGGCCAAAACACGCGCAAUGGAGGUAUCGGCUCGAUGUCCUCGCGAACGAGAAAAAAGUGUACUUUGACAGGCCGGCUUUGAAAUUCCAACACUUCCCCGGUGUCGUUGUUUACACUCCAACGUACAUCUUGAAUCAGAGCGAGGUCAUCAUCAUGUUUGACACCGGCGCCGGCCUGGAGGUCGUGGAGAACGAAGGAUUCUUGUCCUUGCGAACGUUCCUGCCUUGGACGUACAUGAAUAAAACUAGGGGCCUGUUCGGCAAUUGGAACUUCGACAUUACGGACGAUUUGACGACUCCGAAUGGAUACCAACUGCCGGUAAAUAGCGUGAAUAAUUCGGAGACCAUUCAUAAGGAUUUCGCAAUUCACUGGAUACUGGAAGAUAACGCGAACGAGCUCACGGGGGAAGCUUUAUUCGCCAGAAACUACGGCAGAUUGGCCAGUUUCUACUCGAAUCGCAGCUUCGUGCCGGAAUACCGGAAGUAUCCUAAAGAGAUACUUCCGAUAAAUCGCACGAUCGACGUGCAACGGGCGGAAGAUUUGUGCGGCGAGUCGUAUCAGUGCCAGUACGACUACGUGAUGACCUUGAAUCGGGAUCUGGCGCACUUCACCAGGAAUUAUUACGACACUUACACGAAAAUCCGAGCGACGAACAGCAGAGAAGUGAUAUCCUGCGGCGUGCUGGAGACACCACGAUUCGGGCGCAAGAACAAUUUCAAGUUUGUCCCGGGGACGAAGAUCACAUUCGAGUGCAACCAGGGCUUCAUACUCGUCGGCGAUCAGCGACGGGUGUGCACGCCUGAGGGCCGCUGGGACGUGCCGAUUUACGGAUACACCGAGUGCCUUCGUCAUGUUGAGUACGCUCAGCGUACGGCAUGGACGACAAUGGGGAUUAUUAGCGCUGUGUUAGUGCCGGUGGUGGGCUGCAUCGCCGGCGGUUAUCUUUACGCGCGAAAGAAAGGGUCGAGGAGCAGCUCGACGAAGUCGUGGCGCUAUACUGACCGCAUCGACAAUGAUUCGACAUUGUCGAAGCAGACCGUGCCGCUGAAGCCGUACGAUAGGGCGGUCUCGCCGAUCAGCGACUCGAGCACGACCGACACUAGUAGCACGAAGAAGCAUCGCCGUAGCUACGACGGGGUGUACCGCACCCACGAGCCCCUGCCGAACAGGCCGGACGUCGAUUUCGAGGAGAAGGAGUGGGACCUGAAAGUGCCCAAUUCGCCGACCGAGUCGGACAGCACCGACUCGAUGAGAAAAACAGCGAGUCUGUCGAAAGAGAGCGACGUCUAAGUCACCGCCAGCGAAGUCGCUCGACUCGCGCGCCCCCGCGCGGAGGGAUUCGUUACUGUGGAUUCUUGUUAGUGCGCGUGCGCCCAUGACACGGGUGUAUCUCGAUUCCCGAUUUCUAAGCACGUCCGACACGCGCAGAGGCACGCCGGGACUUGUGUACUUCCCGCCUUUCUUUCUUUUAGAUUUUUAUGUCGAUAUAAUUUUCAUUGGACUAUAUUUGGACUAUUUUCUUUUCUAGUAUCUCAGGGAUAGGUGGAUAUAAGAGAAUCGUCGAAAUGCACAUUUUGUUAACUGCAAAGGUAUUAUAAAUAACCGCAUUGAAAGAAAAAUGCCUGUUUUUUUUAGACGAAAUACAUUUUCCAGCGACUUUUUCAAAAUUUAGGUGUUGAAAUUUAGAUAUAGAGUAUUUUGAGGUCGCGAAUGACGAAUCUGAUGUCGGAAUUGGAAGAUUUCAAAAUCAAAGAUGGCGGACCGAAAUUGCGGGAAAUCAAGUGAUUCUCUUCAAAUAUAGCACAUAGAGGGUUUUCGGAUCGCCGGUUACGGAUCGGAGAGAUCGAAACAAUACCAUCUACAACUUAGACAAAAUCUUGCUUAUGUCAAGUCUGAAGUGAUUCGGCUGAUUCGCUGCAAUUUCGGUCCUCCGUAUUGGAUCCGCCAUGUUAGAUUGAAAAAAUCCUUGAAUUCAGACCUCAGAUUCGCGAUCGGCGACCUGGGAAACCCCCCAAAUUCGACGGGAAAUAAGCGGGAGGAAAAAUGUGCUUCAAAGGGUCGAAGGGGUAUCGAGUACCGAUUAAGUCGAUUGCGAGAACGACCGAACGUCCGGUAACGCGGAAAGAGAGAGGAGCAACGGAGAGAAACACGGGCCAUUCGGGGACACACGAGGAGAUUUCGCGUAUCAUUACGAGAUACUUGGUGUUACUUUAAGCGGAUCAAAUUUCACCGUCAUAUGUAAAUAGAAGAUGCCGCUGUUCUUGCUGUGGAAUAGAAAUAGUAUGCAGUAUUAUUUGUAUUUAGACUAGACGCAUUGUCGCCAUUGUUAUUGGUAUAAAU